AAAUAAGUAAUUCAUUUGAAUAGCUAUAAAACAGUAAGAUAUUACGAAGUACACGAAAUCAGCUGUGAAUUGUCAAAUUUUUCUAUCGUAAUAAAUUUUUCAAUAUUUAUAAUUUGUUUAGUGUAAAAAUAUCAAGAAAUAAAACGUGAUGCACAAUGUCUCCUGAUCCUACACAAGAACCUAUUGAAGAAACAUUAAAUACACCAAAUUUAUCUCUUGAUACUAGAGGAAUAAAUACAUCGGAUAGUGAAGAUGAUGAUAUAGCAAUGGCAGGAUAUGUACCACUAUCUCAAAUUCCUGCAGAUAGUGAUCCAAUGUUAUAUGAGGAUGAAGAUGAUGAAUGGAUAACUAAUGUAGGUGAAUCUAGUCAAGUACUGAGAGCUCCAUUAGAGUCACAGCAUGAUUGUAUGUCAGAAACAAUAGAAAUUUGGUCAUCUCCCCAUCGAUCAAAUAUUGAUAUGGAUGCAGAUAAAAUUAAUCAAGUAAAAUCUAUGAUGGCAUCUUUUACUUUACCAGUUACAGCAAUUCCAGAAUGGGCAAAAGCUAUAUCGGAAGAUCAAUGGAAAGAACAACUUAUUGGACGUAUUAAAGAAAUGCAAAAUGGAGAAAAAUAAAUUUAAGUAUUUUAAUUAAUUUUUUAUAUAAAAUUAUGUAUAUAGUUUGAUAUUAUUAUAAAAUUAAAUAUUUAAUUUUUUUUUUGAAUUAUAAAGUUGAAUUCCACUGAUAAAUGUAAAAUUUCAAAGUAAUCAUGUGGUGACAUUUAAUCAUAUUUAGUCUUAUACAGUAGACAAAUUUGAUAUUAUGUAAAGUAUAAUAAAUAAAAUUAUUUAUUUUA